GUGUGCUCUGUCUGCGCUGCUGUCACCUCCGCCCCUCUGUCCAGACUCAUACACAGAUUUGCGGAAAAACUCAGGACGAGAAAAGAUGAUUACAGAAAAGUCCACUCGGAAUAUUGCGCAACUUUUCGUCCACUGACGCACCGGACCUUACAACAGACUAAACGUGUACAAUGGCCUAUCAGGACCCAGCGUGUCACUACAAUGAGUCCAUGGGAUUCUUCUACAAUAAAAGCGGGGCUGUGGAUAAAUGGGACCGGACCCAGCUCAUCCUGGUCCAGGUGGUGGGCUCUCUCUUCUGCUGCUUCAUCCUGCUGUCCAAUGCCAUGGUCAUCGCUGCCGUCAUCACCAACAAGAGGUUCCACUACCCCUUCUACUACCUCCUCGCCAACUUGGCAGCAUCAGACUUCCUGGCGGGGAUUGCGUAUGUGUACUUGAUGUUUAACACCGGUGAGCUUUCACGGCAGCUCACAGUUAAGGGAUACUUUAUUCGUCAGGGCCUCCUGGAUGUGAGUCUGUCGGCAUCGCUAGCCAACUUGCUUGUCAUCGCCCUGGAACGCUACAUAUCUGUCAUGAACUGGAAAGUCCACAGCAACCUGACCAAGAGGAGGGUGACGCUGCUGAUCGUGCUGGUGUGGGCCAUCUCCAUCUUUAUGGGAGCCGUGCCCAGUCUGGGCUGGAACUGCAUCUGUAACCUGGAGGACUGCUCCCAGCUGGCGCCCAUCUUCAGCAGGAGCUACGUGGUGUUCUGGUCAGCGUCCAACCUGCUGCUCUUCCUCAUCAUGGUGGCCAUCUACAUGAGGAUCUACACCUAUGUCAAGAGGAAGACGUCGGUACUCACUCCGCACACCAGCGGAUCCAUCAACAGGAAGAGGACGCCCAUCAAACUCAUCAAGACCGUCAUGGUUGUGCUCGGGGCCUUUGUUUUCUGCUGGACCCCCGGCCUGGUGGUCCUCCUGGUGGACGGCCUCUGCACCUCCUGUAAAGUGAUGAAACUCAAACGCUGGCUGCUGCUCCUGGCCGUGCUCAACUCCGUCAUGAACCCCUGCAUCUACUCCUACAAGGACGAUGAAAUGUGGACGACCAUCAAGAACCUCAUACGCUGCAUCGGCAACGGCACCCGAAGGCAACGCUCCACCAAGGCGAACGCCAGACCCCUCAGCUCGGGUCAGGAUACAGGCACCAGUCAGCCCCCGUCAGAGGAGACCAAAAAUGAGGACCAGGACAUACUCAAGACAUGAAAUGCAAAUUGGACAAUGUGUGUUUGACUGGAUGAACCUCAUGAAGGUACAGUUUGGAGCUGACUUGAAAGAAGAGGCAGGCGCUGCUCACGGAAGUUGCAUCUGUUGUCCACAGAUAAGAGUGGGAAAUUGAAUCCAGGUUAGAUGGAGAUAAAAGACACUCAUGCACUACACACUUCACCAAAUGGACGUGAUUUUUCAGACAUUUAAUACCUGAGUUACCUGUUCUGAUCGGGGUUUUUUUUCCUCCUCAUUACAUCACUGUGGGUUAUUUAACCAUGGAUUACACCAUGCUCCACUGGUUCAAAACAGCAAAAAGUGUCACAAGAAAUAAAUUCUUUGAAGCUUGUUAUCUGAUAUUAGACACAGACAUGUUGAGGCUGUUCUUCAGACUGUGCAGUGUUUCCUGUGGUCGCACACCACAGAUACCCUUUUUAUCUUAAUGACCGUGAUACUGUUGGAUAUAAUGUUGAUUUUAGGAAUUGUUUCUCCGUGGUUAAAUGUAUCUACAAAUGCUAUCAUGUGGGCCUUGAAGACCCACAGUAAGUGAUGUUCCAAAGGUUGACUGACUGUUAGUGGCGGACAUAAUAAAGACAGUGAGUGAGGGUAGGAUAAGGUGGAUAGAUAUGCAGCUAUCAUGUUCCAUUUGGCCAAAACUUUUGACAUUGCAAAGACAUUAUACAUGUCAAAAAUCAAAUAUGUUUCACUUUAUUAAAGACUGGAUAAAUCUUGAACUGAACAUCUAAGUCAUAUAUUUAAUCAAUAAAUGUGGAACUAGGGCUGCACAGUUAAUCAAACUAUUAGCUGCAGUAUCAGCAAUUCUGUAAUUGCAUUUUUUUAAGUUCUUGUUUUUUUAAUGCUAAUUUAAGUUUGUAUGUUUGACUUGACUUUAAUAAAUGAGUAAAAAUGGA